CAUCUUUUGCACAUUCGACGCAAACAGAUAAAAGGACAGAGAGACGCCGUACUUGCAAGGCGACGGCUCCUGCCAGAAAUCACCAGCAUGGAACAAGCCACAAUUGUUUUUGUUGCUUUUCUACUUGCUGGAGUCACAAGCGCAGAGUAUGUAUGCCCCACCGAAGGUACUACAGAUGCAUGGAAGGGUCUCAGAGAUAUGAAAAUAGGGAGAAUUUAUGUCGCCAAAACAACAGAUAACAACAGGAGAGAGUGCUCGUACCUGCAUACUCCGUAUAAGAGUUAUGGAGACAAACGUGCUCUUCUUAGAUACGGUCAUGAACAAAAAGGCAGAAUGUUAUCGUUAAAGGCAACAGCUCGGGCGUCAGGAAAUACGAUGACUAUCCGAACACCUGAUUUCCGUAAUCUUGGGGACUGGACGGUACUCUUCACCGACUACAAGACGUGCAGCGCGGUAAGGACAAAUAACGACUGUGAACUCUGGGUCCACGGGAGCAUCAUUAGGAGCAACUCAUAUGGCUGCUGUGAAACAAAAUUUCAAAGCUGCCGCGGGAGACGCAACGUCAACUUUCCCUACCAAGGGCGCUGUGACUCCCUUCUGCUGUAAGCAACGUCACAGCGAAGAUACCGCAUGUCGCAAAGAUAUUUCCAAACACAAGAAGUCAUCAAAACUCUGCAAACAAGCACCAGACUUUGGAAUAAAGUGACUAAAUAAUUAUGUGCCACA